UGUAAAACACCCUGGAGAGAAAAUGGCGGCAGCGGCGGCGGCGGCGGCGGCUUCAGCGCCUCAGCAGCUCUCGGAUGAGGAGCUUUUUUCUCAGCUCCGCCGUUACGGCCUGUCUCCCGGCCCUGUGACGGAGAGCACUCGCCCCGUCUACCUCAAGAAGCUGAAGAAGCUUCGAGAGGAAGAGCAGCAGCAGUACCGGUCGGGGGGCCGCGGCACCAAGACGCGGAACAGUAAUAACAAUAACACGGCAGCCGCCACGGUCGCCGCCGCGGCACCGGCGGCGGCGGCGGCGGCCAUGGGGAUGGGGGUCCGGCCGGUCUCGGGCGACCUUUCCUACUUCAGGACCCCUGGGGGUCUGGGCCGAAUCUCAGCCUCAGGCCCGGAGAGCCCCUCAGGAGGGCCCGGGGGCGCGCCGGCCGCCCCCGCGGUUGGCAGCAAAGUGCUGCUGGGCUUCAGCUCGGACGAGUCGGACGUGGAGGCCAGUCCCCGGGACCAGGCCGGCGGCGGGAGGAAAGACCGGGCUGCGCUCCAGUACCGCGGGCUCAAAGCGCCUCCGGCGCCCCUGGCCGCCAGCGAGGUGACUAACAGCAACUCGGCCGAGCGCAGGAAGCCCCACGCGUGGUGGGGGGCCCGAAGGGCGGCGGGGCCCGAGCUGCAGAUCCCGUCGGGGAAAGAUGGGGCUGCGGAGGAUGAAGAAGAGGAGAGAGACGACGGGGAGGAGAGGGACCCGGAGGCCGAGGAGCCGCUGUGGGCGAGCCGCACCGUGAAUGGCAGCCGGCUUCUCCCCUACAGCUGCAGGGAAAACUAUUCGGACUCGGAGGAGGAGGACGACGACGACGUGGCCUCCGCCAGACAGGUAUUGAAGGACGACUCCCUUUCCCGGCAUCGGCCCAGACGGAGCCACAGCAAGGCGCUCUCUCCGCUGACUGCUAAAGCUGCCGGCAGCCGGCUGGAGACUUCAGUCCCGGGAGGGGGAGGACUCGCGAUGAAUGACAGGGCGGCGGCUGCCGGGAGUCUAGACAGGAGCCGAAACCUCGAAGAGGCGGCGGCGGCGGAGCCGGGAGGAGGGUGUGAUCUAGUGGACUCCAGCCCGGUUCCUAGAUUCCGCGGGAACGCCAAGAAGCUGGCCCCUCUCCUGACCCCGCCACUUACGGACAUGGACCCAACGCUGGAUUCGUCUUCUACUGGCUCCCUCCUUAAAAGCAACAAUCAUAUCGGCAGCGGGGCCUUCGGUGUGGACUCUCCCAAGAUUUAUUCCAACAGCUUUCCUCCCAGUCCGGCGGGGGCCGCCACUAGUUCGCUCAGGAUCAACCACGCCAAUCACACGGGCUCCAAUCACACCUACCUGAAAAACACAUACAACAAACCGAAGCUUUCCGAACCCGAAGAGGAACUUCUCCAGCAAUUUAAACGGGAAGAGGUGUCCCCAACAGGGAGUUUCAGUGCUCACUACUUGUCGAUGUUUCUCCUAACUGCUGCCUGCUUAUUUUUCCUAGUGUUGGGACUGACUUACCUAGGGAUGAGAGGGACAGGAGUAUCAGAGGAUGGAGGACUCAACAUAAAAAAACCCUUUGAUGAAGCAUUUGGAAAAAUACAAGAAAGUGAAAAAAAUCUUAUUAUGAGCUCAUUAUACAAGCUUCAUGAUCGAUUGGCACAGCUUGCAGGUGAUCAUGAAUGUGGCAGUUCUAGUCAAAGAACACUUUCUGUCCAAGAGGCAGCUGCAUAUUUAAAAGAUUUAGGUCCUGAAUAUGAAGAUAUAUUUAACACCUCAUUACAGUGGAUUUUAGAAAAUGGAAAAGAUGUUGGAAUAAGGUGUGUUGGCUAUGGCCCCAUGGAAGAAUUGACAAAUAUAACUGACGUGCAAUUUUUACAAUCCACAAGACCGCAGAUGUCUUUCUGGUGUCGAUUUCGACGUGCUUUUAUUACCGUCACCCACAGAUUAUUGUUGUUAUGUUUUGGUGUAGCGAUGGUUUGCAUUGUUCUGCGUUACAUGAAAUACCGCUGGACAAAAGAGGAAGAGGAAACAAGGCAAAUGUAUGAUAUGGUGGUAAAGAUUAUAGAUGUUCUACGAAGUCAUAAUGAAGCUUGCCAAGAAAAUAAAGAUUUACAACCUUACAUGCCUAUUCCACAUGUACAGGAUUCCUUAAUACAACCUCAUGACAGGAAAAAAAUGAAGAAGGUCUGGGAUAGAGCUGUUGACUUCCUUGCUGCUAAUGAGUCUAGAGUUCGAACAGAAACUCGGAGGAUAGGUGGUGCAGAUUUUCUAGUUUGGCGAUGGAUCCAACCUUCUGCAUCCUGUGACAAAAUAUUAGUAAUACCUUCUAAAGUAUGGCAAGGUCAAGCAUUUCAUUUAGAUAGAAGAAAUUCACCACCAAAUAGUUUGACACCGUGUCUAAAGAUUCGAAAUAUGUUUGAUCCAGUUAUGGAAAUAGGGGAUCAGUGGCAUUUGGCAAUUCAAGAAGCAAUUUUAGAAAAAUGCAGUGAUAAUGAUGGCAUUGUUCACAUUGCAGUUGACAAAAAUUCCCGGGAGGGUUGUGUCUAUGUUAAAUGUCUAUCUCCAGAAUAUGCUGGCAAGGCUUUUAAGGCAUUGCAUGGCUCUUGGUUUGAUGGGAAAUUGGUUACAGUAAAAUAUUUACGACUAGAUAGAUAUCACCAUCGCUUUCCCCAAGCUCUUACUUGCAACACUCCCUUGAAGCCAUCAAAUAAACAUAUGAACUCUAUGUCUCAUCUUCGUCUUCGGACUGGCCUAGCCAAUUCUCAAGGUGGUUCCUGAAAAGACUCUCUUCACUCCUAGGACUGUUAUUUACAAUAAGAAAAUCCUGUUUGGCUUCCCAUCUUCCUUUUUAAAUGCUUUUGUAUGUAAUAGUUUUAUUGAUGAAUACAGUUCUGUUGGAAUGUUCCAGAAAUCUUAAGGCUUCAAAGGGAUUUAACAGUGAGGCAGCAAUACUGAGUAGGUAGAAUAAUUGUUUUAUUCAGUCUUUGGAGCUCAGUUAAGCCAGUGCAUUUAUAAAGUUUUGCAUGAGGAACAUUAACUUUAUUAAGCAUUUCAGAUGUGGUUAUAUUUUUGCACCAGAAGUAUUUGGAUAACCACACAAAAGCAUGGUGAAGAGGCUAUUUGUAUUUCCAUAAUUUCUAGUGAACUAAUGUUGUGAAUUUUUGUAUACAGUCACCUGCAUAGUUCCUUAUGGGCCAAUGUUGUAAAAGUGUUAAUUUCCCAGUUUAACUUUAGGUUUCUAUUGCUUGUAAGAGAUUCAUUUGCUACAGCUGGAAUAUGGGAGUAUUAAUUUGGGUUUAGUGGUUACAUAUAUGUGUAAGUGGAUGUACAUGUACUUAAAACUGGCUUUUGUAUAUAUGUAUAAAUGCUGGUGUUGGAGAAAGUAAGUCUUGUGAGGAUGUCUGCAUUAAAGCAGUAAAAUAAGCCUUCUAUUUUAUUCAUAAUCUAAUGUAUGUAUAUAUAUAUGUGUGUAUAUAUGUGUGUGUAUAUAAGUGUACACACAUAUAUACAUAUGGCUGUACUAUUACAUAGAUCAAACAGCCAAACACCUGGAAGUAUUAGAAACAAGUUUAAAAUAUCUUUUAUAGGUUUUAUAUGAAAAUGUCUGAGUAUGAUUUUGUGUGAAAGUUCUGAUACCAGUUGUAAUUGACUCAAAUUUAUGUAAGCAAUAAAGAAGCAAUUGGCAGAUAUUGGAAAAAUAUUUUGUGAAAAACUAUUUAUUAUAAAUACUAGGUCUGUGACAUAGUACUAUUGGGAUUAAAUCAUUUUCCUAGUCUAUUUAUAAUUUAAUAAAAUGUUAGCUCCCCACUUAAAUGUUAAGUUUAAAACAGGGCACAUUGUUGCAGUAAAUUGUAUUAGGCAAAUUAUACUUGGAAUUUUGGGUCAAGAAAGUUUGCAAGGUGGUAAAUGCACAAAUGAUCUUUGUGCCUCAGUGUUUAAUUUGGUUUCUGUAAAGUUCAUUUAUUACUGUUUAUGAUUUCAGAUUAGAAUAGUUGCUGAGCAAAGCACUUCUGAAAUCUAACAAUUGGUCUUUAAAACAAAUAACCUGUUGGUAUAUCAUUGUUAGUCCAAAUGAAUAUGUGAAACAGCUGGAAUUGUACCUAUUUUGUAUUUUGUUUAAAGCUCUGUUUCCUUUUUGUUAUGUUGUAUAUGUGUUGGGUUUGCAGCAUGAACUUGCACAGAUAAUGCACGUUUUCUGGUUAAGUAAACAUGAUGCACACUAUUCUGUAACAGAAAAACCCUAUUGUGCCUUACCUGUGUGCUUUUGUGGGCACCAUGUUUAUGAAGAAUUAAAAAUGAUUUGUUAUCUGAAGAGAAUAAAUUUUAAAUUCUCAGUUUAUGUCUCAGAUGCUAAUGUGUGAAAAUAUAAAUAUAUAUAAUAUAUAAAAUAACCAAUCUUUCUGUAUUUUAUGUGCAUCAUAGUGAUUUAUCUGAGCUUAGUGACCCCAUCUUGUAACCUAUUGCAAGAGUGAAUGUAAAAAGUAAAUGUGGCAUUUUAAAAGGUCACCUUUUGAUGCAGAUGCAUCUUUUUCUUGCUUCUAAAACAUAUUUCAUGUAAACAUUGUACAUUUAUUAUUGUAAUAUAUGCUAUUAUACAGCUUAUUUUACCUGCAGCUGUUAAGCCAGCCAAGAUUCCUCCCAGCAAGACAGAUGGGAAUGUGUAUAAUAACUAGAUAUUUGAGAAGUUCUGAAGUUUGAUGUAAUCUGUUAUUUGUCCUGUUUAAAAAAAAAGGAAAAAAAUUCUAAUUAAAAUUUUAUUAGUUUUUUUUUUAA